UGCAACAAUAAAGCAACUUGUUCACAACUCUCAACUGACGAACUUGCAGACAUUUUUCAAUAGAGGUUGAUAGCACUGUAAUUUGUUAUUGCUUGUUGGGUUUUCUUUAAAUAUGUAGAUAAAUAUAUUUUAUUCAACUGGAAUAAUAUAUAGCGAUGGGCAGUAUAGACAGAGCUUGCAUAUCCGGAUUUUUAUGUCGUCUGUGUUCUGAAAUGCAUCGGAUAGUUAUACACAUAUACGGCGACCAAGGAAAAAAGUUGGGGCUUGUUGAAAAGAUUAAUGGCUACUUACCAAUUACGAUUUCACCAACGGACCCUCUUCCAAAAACUAUUUGUGAAUCAUGCCUUCGACGAGUGGAGCAACACUACGAUUUAUUAAUGAGGUUGUCAAGAAUAAGAGAAGAACGUUUUCUAAGAGUAAAUAAGCGACGAACUAUUCUGGAUACUAUUGAUGUUUCUAGCCCUGAAAUAUCUGAGGAGGAAGUUUACAACAAUACAGAUGAAUAUAACUCAAUAUCUUCCAUUUUACCUACAACGGUAUCUGCAGCUUCUUCACCCGAUACGACAGUUGAAAUACAACCACAAAAUACUGAGGAGGAAUCUCCUAUUUAGACUACGCAUUUAAAUUGUUGUGAAAAUCAAUCUCCUGACUUCCUUAAUUAUGCGUUUUAUUGUUACUGAAUUCAUAAUAUUUUUUAUUUAUUAAAAGUUUGAAAACUAGGAUAUAUUAGCAGUAAGUCAAUGUUAGUUGAAAACCUUGAAAACUAUGUAUUUUAUAUAAUAAAAAAUUAUUUAUUUUGUAUAAUGAAAAAAAAUAUUUGUUUUAUAUAAUUAAAAAAAGAAUUUAUUUUUAUAUUAAAAAAAAUUUAUUUCAUUAAAAUUCAAUUCAGUUCAUGCAGUUUGAUUUAAUGUUUAGCAUAAUUUUGUUUCAUUAUAUUUAUAUAAGCUAUGUAAGUUAUGAUUAGUAACGAAGAUUCUUACAAUAAACU